UCGUGAAGUAGUAUAGUGAGCAUACCCUACUGAACAAAAUCACAUCACAGUCAGUUACAUGAUGAAAUCAUAUAAAUCACGUAACGGAUUGUUCCAAAUCAGUAUGUGAUUUUUUAAAAUAGGGCAAUGUUAUAGUUGAUAAUAAAGCCAAAUCAUUCAAUCGACAGUGGCCAUCUGGUGAGCAACGGACAGAGGUCGGCGCAUUAUUAAUGUUAAAGAUCAUACGUUUCUGCGACGUUUGAACAAAGUGCAGUGCUUAGAAUUGUACACGUAGAAAAUAAGAAUUGAAAUCGUCAGAGAAGAUUUAUAAAAGGAAUCAAAUAAAAUGCUGCGCGUUAAAUCGUUGUGUCAGCCACCUAAGAUUUGGCAAGUGAUAGAAAAGAAAAAUAAGGAUGGGAAGCUAAUGAAAUUCACAAUUCAGGAGAUUCCCGAGGAUCGGUAUGAGGACGCGAUUCAACACAUGUGCACAUACUUUUUAGUCGAUGAACCAACUUGUCAAUGUUUGAAUGUAAAAAAUGAUCCUCUAUUUAUACAAGAUAUAACGACGCUAUGGCGUCUGUUACUCGCAGAAGACAUAUCCGUAGCUGCAUUCAUCGAUAAUCCCAAUGGUGGCAAACCCAUAAUCGCCGGUAUGAAUGUUUUGGGUAUCGAGGUUAAAAAUCAAAAAAAGAAUUUGUCCGAUCAGUUUAAAUCAGAAAAAAUCAAAAUUACGUAUAAUCUUCUAUCUAUAACAAGUAUGAUAUACGAACGUUACGAUAUUGACAAGUAUAUAAAUGCUGUUGGACUUAGUGUCGACCCCAAUUAUCGAGGAUACGGAUUAAGCAAGGAAUUACUAAAAGUCAGAGAUUUUAUCGGAUUUACGUAUGGAGUACCAGCAACAGCCACUGCUUUCACAUCGAUAAUUUCACAGAAGUCAGCAGCGGGUGCGGGAUUCGAAGAAUUCUUCACAAAAAACUUCGCUGAUGUAGUGGACAAGGACGGAAAAGAAUAUUAUCCUAAUAUUAAUUCCAAAGCAUUUAAAAUCAUGGGUAAACGAUUCAUAUAGUCCAAUAGGC